AUGGCCGAAUUUUUAUCGUCAAUUUUCCGCCGGCCGCAGUCGUCUGCACCUCGUCAGCAAGAAAACCGACAACUCGAAAUUUUAAUGGCCAAAAUUCGAUCAUGUAUCUUCCGUCGGCGGCAGUCGUCUGCACGUCGUCACCGCCCUUGGUCGUGGGAAAUUGAAGCAGAGGGCGAGGAGCAAGCCGGGGUUUGUGCCCAAAACAAUCUCCUAAUUUCUCUCCACGAUGAUCUUCUCUUCAAGAUUCUCUUGAACCUCUCUGCCGAAGACAUUUACAGGGCAAGUCUCGCCUGCCGGAGCCUGUACUACCGCACAAUCCUCUCCGAGAAAUUCGUAAACCUCCACUUCCGGCAAACUGAGGAAUACGACCUCUUGUUCCGAUUCAGUUAUGCCCCCACACAUGAGCUUAUUGCGUUUUUGGUCUCUAUGAAACAGGGCAGUGUCACAGUAUCCGACUACAAAUCCAUAUUCAUUUUCGACACCAGUUGCAACGGUCUCAUCCUCCAGCACAACUCCGUCAUCCGUGUGGUCAACCCAGUCACAGGUCGAUCUUUCCGACUCCCUCCGAUCCCCAAAAAUGCAAUGUUAACGCGUUGUUGCUUGGGGUACUCGGAGGUCUCAAAGGCAUACAAGGUGACCUUGGCAUACAUUGCCAGGAGAAGGGGCCCGAGGCGGGCCAUAUUGACCGUGGGUGUCGACAAGUCAUGGAGGGAUCUUGGGACCGUGAUUGUCGACAAGUUAUGGAGUUAUCUUGGAACCGACCGUUUGAUGGAGUUUGCCAAUACCCUUGGCCGCCCAUUGGUGACAGAGAGUUUUAUUCAUGGCCGCCCAUUGGUGACAGAGGGUUUUAUUCAUUUUAUUUAUGGGGACACUGUCCUGACGCUGAAUGUGGAGACGGAGGUUAUUACCGAGACGCGGGUCCCACUACUAUUCCCCGUUUAUCCUCCCAAGUACAUGAGGUGGUACUUGUCAACUGGGAAAGCCCUCACUCUAGUGGUUCGAUUUGAGGAUGGCCUGUUUCGAGUUUGGGAGAUGGUCUUGUCGGGUAAUUGUUAUUAUUGGAGGGAAUGGGAACGUCAGAUUGUGUUGGAAAGUCGAUUACAGGAAGUUCGAGAGGUUUGUGGGGAUAAAUAUAGGCCCGUCGGUUGGUUGCAGCAGAUGGAGGUGUUGGUGUUUGAGGGUUUGUCCGAAAAAUGGCGUUGCACUGUUAUGUUCUACGUGGUUAUUGCUACCGGGGAAAUCGGAUGGAUCAGUACCCCUAUAUCAAAAGGGUUGGUUGGGAAAUUUUAUAGAAUUUCUGAUCGAGUUUUGCCUCACAAAAACACCCUUGUGCAGUUGGAGGGGUACCAUUAA